AUUUGUUUUGCAUACAAAUUGUAAACUUUACGAUUUUUUAUAUUUUCACUAUAAUUUAAGUAAUAAAAAUGGAUGAUAGCCCAGAAUUAGAGCUAAAAAAGCUCUGCUGUACCUGUUUAAGCAGAAAUCGGAAGCUAUUUCAGUUAUGUAGAUUACCCGAUGGAAUAAAUAAUUUAUAUUCGCUAUUAUCUUACGAUUCUGAGGCUUACAGAGAAGGUUUCUACAGAGACACAAUGAGUUUGUAUAUUUGCUGGGAGUGUCGAGCUGUCAUGAGUCGGAUUACGAGGUUUAGACUACAAGCCUGUACAGCAUUGAAGCAUCUCAGUGACAUCGCUGAUGGUCGAACUAAUGUAAAGUCAACAUGUUUAUCCCGCCUCACUAGUCAAAAACUAAACGAAAUAGCCGUCACAUCAAAAUGUAUGAACACAGACAAUUUCAUAAAUUUAACAGAAGAUUUCAUAGAUUGCGGCCCAACUACAGAUUUACUCAUAAAGCAUGAAUAUGAUGAUGAUGACAUUCCAUUAUCCGAACUCAACAACUGGUCAGACCAUGAUCCAGCAACCGUCAGAGACUGCAAAGAUGAACUGUCUAUAGCCAAUGAAAAUGAACUGUCAAAAAGCAUAGACAAUAAGGAUGAACUGUCAAAAACCAUAGACCAUAAGGAUGUACUGUCAAAUACCAUAGAGCAUAAAGAUGAACUGUCAAAAUGCAUAGACAAUAAAGAUGAACUGUCAAAAUGCAUAGACAAUAAAGAUGAACUGUCAAAUAAUGUGUUGCCAGGUGUGAAAAAGAAGAGAAAGCAUGUGAAAAAAAGAUUUUCUCUUGUCUCUAUUGAUGAUUCUGAAUUGGAGAAGAUGAGAAGUGAUUGUAGAAUGGAUGCUGAAUAUUUGGCGGCUAGUUUUAAGUGUGAUAGUUGUAUUGAGAUAUUUGAUAGUGAAACUAAAAUGAACGAACAUAAUUCAUUACAUUUAAAGAAACCAAAUCACUCACAAUGCGAUGUUUGCCUCGUCUACACAUCUACGUCAUCGUACACACGCCAUAGACAAGAACACUACCAUAGACACGACUGUAAGUUGUGUAAAUACACAAGUUUGAAUGAGAAAGCUAUUUCUGUACAUUUGGAAACUAAACAUGAGAUUAAAGAAUAUUCUAAUAAGAAAACUAAAACGAAUAAAGUGACAUUGAAAGAAGACUCAACGACUACAAAACUAAAAGACCCGUCUUUAGAAUACAAGUGUGAUGAAUGUGAUCAAUAUUUUGGAAAUAAGAGUGCGCGAUGGAAACAUGUACAGAAAUGCCACAGGGAGGGAUUCGAAUGCGCGACCUGCGGGCAACGGUUCCCAUUUAAAAAUAAUCUUAGAAGACAUGAGCAGCGCCACAAAUCCCCGCCACCUCGCGAAGAAUGCGAGAUCUGCCACAAGAUGAUCAGGAUAUCUUUAAAAGCGAACCACGCGAAGAUACACACUGAACGGCCGCGGUACAGAUGUGAACAAUGCGACAAGACGUUUGUGAGUCGCGAGUCUUACGAGAAUCAUUUGAAGUAUUCCAUGGCGCAUGCUAAAGUGGAUCUGUUGAAAUACAAAUGUAGUAUGUGUGAGAAGGGGUAUAGGUCUCGCAAUGAGCUGAGGGACCACGUCAACUACCAACAUAUGGGGAAGACGCAGCAUAAAUGUCCCAUCUGUGAAAAGGCUCUAGCCACAAGGCGUUGUAUCACGCGACACGUCAAGCGCGCUCACGAAGGUAUCAAAGAAAAUGUUCGGGACAAAAUGUGUCAGACUUGCGGGAAGGCUUUUACGCACAAGAAGAGUCUAAUUGAACACGAACUGAUUCACUCAGGCGCCCGCCCGCUCUGGUGUGAGCUAUGUGGCUCUACGUUCAGACAGAGUGCGUCUCUAUAUACACAUAGAAAGAGAGUGCAUCGACUACAUACUGCGAGGAAAACUGCUACUCUGUUACAUACUUGAGUUUUUGUUAUAUAAGUUUUAAAACUGACAUGGUCACUAACACUAGUAUUAGAACUUGAAAAGUGGGUGUACAUUGUAUAGCGGCAUUACGUGUCGCAAUGUGCACCUCUGCUUACCUCUUCGGCGAUAAAAGGCGUGACUAUUGGUUACUUUUUGUGAAAAAGAUAAAUAAACAAAUGUAGGUUUAUUUACAUGGAUUUUCUAGUCAUUGUAAUUAUGUAAAAUAUAUCACAUUAAAAUACUUUAGUCAUAUAGUAAG